AUGGACACCAUGGACGUGAUCUCCGCCAGCACAGAUCGCGCGGAGUUUGCAAAUUCAACAAGCCAGGAUUUCCAGGAAGACGAAGCCGAGGGGUUUGCGAUGCUCAAGAGACGGCUCUCACGCGAGUCUUUCCGCAUAGCAAAGUCAAUCAGCCAGGAGUUCCAGGAAGAAGACGAAGACGAAGAAGACAAGGAGUUUGCAAUGCUCAAAAAACGCCUCUCACGUGAAUCCUUGCGCAGCACGGACGCGGAGAGCGCGGAGUUCGCAGAUUCCACGAGCCAGGAUUUCCAGGAAGACAAAGAAGUCGGCGAGUUGACGAUGCCAAAGAAGCGGCUUUCACGUGAACCCUUGCCCAGCAAGGAUGCGCCAGCUCCCAAAAAGGCUAGGGCCGAGGUCGAGGUCAAGCUCAAGGCAACGAGCGAGGACUUGGCACUGGCCAUCAGCCAGGAUUUGGCAGGACACACCACUCAAGGUGCGCAUGGCAUGAACUACCACCACAAGAGCCCUGGUGAUCAAGGCACUACCUUCUUCAUGCCCAUGAAGUCGUUGCUCGGUGAAGGUGCUCUUAGUGGUGCUGUACAGCAGAUCAAAGCAUUGGGGCACAAGAAGGCGUUGAUUGUCACGGAUGCCAUCCUGGUGAAAGUUGGUGCUGUGAAGGCAGCCACGGAUGUGCUUACUCAGGCAGGCAUCGCCUUCGCCAUCUACGAUGGCUGCCAGCCGAAUCCAACUGUGGGCCAGGUGGAAGACGGUUUGCAGAUGGUGAAGAACGAAGAGUGUGACUUCGUCCUUUCAUUUGGUGGCGGAUCACCACAUGAUUGUGCGAAAGCCAUUGCUAUCACAGCCACAAAUGGCGGAGACAUUCGUGCGAUGGAGGGCGUUGACAAAAGCACCAAGCCUAUGAUGACCAUGGUGGCGGUGAACACUACGGCCGGCACUGCUGCUGAGAUGACGCGCUUCUGCAUCAUUACGGAUGAGGUGCGGCAUGUGAAGAUGGCCAUAGUGGAUUGGCGGAUUACGCCUACCUUGGCUGUGAACGAUCCAACAACCAUGGUGGGUAUGCCCAAGUCUUUGACUGCAGCUACUGGAAUGGAUGCUCUCACUCAUGCCAUUGAGGCGUACGUGAGCACGAUCUCGAACCCAGUGACUGAUGCAAGCGCGCUCCAUGCCAUGAAGCUCAUCAGCACUUACCUACCCACCGCAGUUGAGGACGGGACGAAUAUGAAGGCACGUGACAUGAUGGCAUAUGCAGAGUUCCUCGCUGGCAUGGCCUUCAAUUCAGCCAGCCUGGGCUACGUUCAUGCAAUGGCUCACCAGCUGGGAGGCAUGUACAACCUACCGCACGGUGUUUGCAACGCCAUCUUGUUGGGUCCUGUGCAGCAGUACAACGCGAAGUAUGUGCCGCAUCUCUUCAUCGACAUCGCCAUCGCCUUGGGCUUCACGGAUGUCGGGGAAGACCAGGAUCUUGCUGUCAAGAAAGUGCUGAAGGCCAUCAGGUACUUGAAGAACAGGGUUGGCAUCCCCAAGAAUCUGAAGGCAUUCAAGGAGGUGAAGGUGGAACAUUUUCCCGUCUUAGCCGACAACGCAAUGAAGGAUGCUUGCGGUUUGACAAAUCCGCACCAGCCCACCAAAGAGGAGGUCAUUGCAUUGUUCCAAGCUGCCUAUGACCAGGAAGAUGAAGAAACCCACGAGCUUGCCGUUAUCCAGGAAGACAAAGAAGCCGAUGAGUUUGCAAAGCUUAAGAAGCAGCUCUCACACGAAUCCUUUCGCAGCAAGGACAAGGAGUCUUUGCCGUCGCUGCUGCAAGCUAGACGCUGCGCUGUGUAG